AUGAUCAAUUAGUUGGUUUUAGAUAAGUUGAAUGAAUUAAAAAGCAAUAAUUUUUAAGACCCAGCAAGAAGGUAAAUAGAAGCAAACUACAAUGCAUACAGCUUAAAUAAUUAAAAAGUACCCAAAAUAUCUAAAAUAUUUGUUAGGAAAUAAAAUCACAGCUCUGAGGAUAGAUUUAGGGAUUAGAAAAGACUAGAUGUUCUUUAAGAAGUUGCUAGUGAAUUCGAUGAAUGCGAAUAUGCUUAAAAUAAAAGACUGGCAUCAUAGUUUGCUUAAAUAAAUUACAACUUUAUCAAAAAAAACAACUUGCAAGUGGUAGGAAGUAACUAGAACAGGAGUUUUAGUAUGAAUAAUAACAAUAAGAGAGAUGUUGAUUAAUCCUUCUAAGAAUUAAAAAGCAUUCAUGGGUCUGGAUCUAAAAAUUUAUAAAAUAUAAAUAGCAGUAUUAGUUAAUUCUACAGCUGUAAUUGUAGUGCAGAAAAAUAGGACAAAAAUUAAAUAUAGGUUAACUUCAAUUAAUCUUUUUCAAGAAGCACUUAAAUAAAUACACCAAAAACAACUUUUAGAGAAAAACUAAGAAAAGUAUAAGUUAUUAAAGUAUUGUAGAAUAUUCAUUUGAAAGACAUCCUAAGAUUUAAUUCUAAAACAGAAGAGCACAAUAAAAACAGACAAAAUCUAGUAAGGCUUAUCUUAACUCCUUCGAAUAACACUACAUUUUUAAGAGAUUCUAAUUCAAAUAUAAUCCCUUUGUCAAAAAUUAACUGGUAGCUCAUUUGUUCAUAUAAUUAAAACAGAUAGCUCUAUCUAACCAUAUAUGAUAUGAAUACUUUUUAGGAUAUUACUUUUGAAGUUUAGUUUAUUCCUCGCCUUGUUUAAGAUAUAAGUAAUGACCUAAUAAGGUAGAUAAGGGAAUGGAUGAAAGAAAAGAAUUCCUCUGUUUGUUUGCUUACUCUUUACACUCCUUAGCAAAAUACUACCUUUUGUCCCUCCUUUUAAGCAACCUAAGAUGACUAAUAAAUGCAAGUUCUAUUUCACAAGAUACUUGCUUGCUCUGACCUAAAAUAAAUAGGGACAGUACCAAAAUGGAUGCUUUAAAUCAUCAAGAAGUUCUAUUUAAAAAUACUUGAUAUUCAAAAGAGGCUCCAUUAAAAUUUAUAGAUACUAAAAAUAAAUUGUAGCUUAGAAUCUGAAAGCAUCCUUAACCAAAAGGUAUAUUUGGAGGAUGAUAACGAGAUGUGCUGGAUUAUUAAUUUUGAAAGCCUUUUUAACAGCCAAAAUAUUUAAGACUAGAAUAAAAAUCACAAUCGUUCUAAUAAUUACUCUCUGAAACCUGAUAUAGUUAUAGAAGACAUUUAAUCCUAGAAUAAUAUAAAUAUUAUUGGAAGCCACGGUAAUCUAUCAGUAAAUGAUAAACUGCAAUUAGCUUUAGAAGAAAGAAAAUGCAGAGAUAUGUUAAUUCAUUAGCAUAAAAUUCAGAGUACACCUUUAAGGAAGAUUAAAUAUUUAUCAUCUGAAGCAUUAAACGAUGACCUCAGUAAAUCUCAUACAAGGGCUAAUAGCUUGCUAAGCUAAUAUUAGAAUAACCCAAUUGUAAAAUAAAACAAGAUUGAACCCAAGAGAAGGACUUCUAAUCAGUUAGAAAAAAUAGAUACUAAUGAAAUAUCUAAGAAAUUAUUAACAGAAUUCAGCAAUUUUGAAUCGCCAUUAUCAAACCAUAACUAGCUACUUAAAAGAAUAGAUUUUAAUAGACAAACUAAUAAAUAGACCCUUCAGAACAUUUCCUUCUACUCUUGA